AUGGCGCUGAUUGAGGUUAUUGCCAACGAUCGUCUAGGGCGCAAAGUGCGCGUGAAGUGCAGCCCGGACGACACCGUCGGCGACCUGAAGAAGCUAAUUGCGGCGCAGACGGGCACGGACUGGACGAAAAUCCAGCUCAAGAAAUGGUAUACGAUAUACAAGGACCACAUCACGCUCGCGGACUACGAGAUCCAUGACGGCAUGAGCCUCGAGAUGUACUAG